AUGUCCGUUAUCCGUCUGCCGAAGAAUGAGCUCGACGCUCAGAUCUUCCGCUACUUGCAGGAGGCAAAAUACUCUGAUGCUGCUGAUGCUCUCAAGCAAGCCAACUCCGCUGUCGUUGCAGCAGCUCGGAAGCUCAAGUUUUCGGCACUUAUCGCCGUCGCCAACAACAUCCGCGAUGACUCUGAAAGCGAUGAUGAGCCGGUGCGCAAGCCCGUGAAGUCGUCGCCCAAGGCAGCUCCCAAGGCCGCGCCCAAGAAGGCGAUGGACGACUCGGACAGCGAUGAUGAGCCGGUGCGCAAGCCCGUGAAGUCGUCGCCCAAGGCA